UGUAGUUGCCGGUAGCAAACCUGGCGAACUCUGAUAACGAGAUACUCUGUAUAUACUGAUAUAUAGCUUUGUACUUUAUUUUUAUGACAUUUACGAACUUAAACGAACUUCAUGUUACCUUCAACAUUUGUACCUAAUAGGCAGUUGCAUCAUUAUUCUUGACAUCCUCCUACCUAUCAUUCUAUUAACAAAUUUAAUAUAACAUAUAACAUAUAAUCUACUAUUGAAGCCAAAGUGGCUCCCAACUUACAGUCUCACCUUUCGCUUUUCUCGGCCUGCUACACCCGAGCAAGCCAACCUUCGAAGAACUUGCUCACUCGUAUCUUAUAACCCUCUGCCAGAAAGUCAGCAUCAACAGCAGCAAUAAACACCAACGAUGGCGUGGCGCAGCUCCGGCACCUCCAACGUCGAGCUUAUCGAAAACCUCUGGCGCAACAAACUCAUCACGCAGCCGGUAGUCAAGGCCGCCUUUCUGCGCGUGGACCGCGCGCACUACGCCCCCUCGUCCCCGUACCACGACAACCCGCAGUCCAUCGGCCACAGCGCCACCAUCAGCGCCCCGCACAUGCACGCCAACGCCGUCGAGACGCUGCUCCCGUUUCUCUUACCCUAUAACAGCAACGACGACGACAGCCAGCAACAGCUGAAUAAUAGUAAUAAGCCAAUCAAACUCCAAGGCAAGCCCUCCCGCCCUCGUCGCGUCCUCGACAUCGGCAGCGGAAGCGGGUAUCUCACGCACGUGCUCGCGGAGCUGGUGGGGGAGGACGGGGUCGUGGUGGGGCUGGAGCACAUCCCGGCGCUGCAGGAGAUGGGGCAGCGGAACAUGGCGAAGAGCGCGGAGGGCAAACGGUUGCUGGACUCUGGGCGUGCGCGGUUCCGGCUGGGUGAUGGGAGGAAGGGGUGGGUUGAGGGGAGGCCGAAGGAGACGCAGCCGGCGGUUGGGGGGGUGGCUGGUGGGAGUGUUGUUUCGGACACGACGGGGACGACGGCGGACGAGGAGGAGGAAGGGGGGUGGGACGCGAUACACGUCGGUGCUGCGGCGGUAGAGUUACACGAGGAGUUGGUGCAGCAGCUAAGAAGGCCCGGGCGGAUGUUCAUACCGGUCGAUGCGGGGACCGGCUGGGAGCAGCAUAUCUGGACCGUGGAUAAGGACGAGCAAGGGAAUAUCAAAAAGGAGAAGCUGUACGGGGUGAGGUAUGUGCCGCUUACUGAUGCGCCGAAGUAGGAAGACAGACAUAGUCCGGUAGGUGAUGGCUAUCUCGUUUAAAUAAAUAUGAAAUUAUUGAAUUUUGUUUUAAGGGGCGAUGGAGAUAUCACUACUAUGUAGUCUACCUACUACCUAGUUGUAUGCUAGGUUACCCUAGGUAUAUUAAGUCAAGUUAGGCUAGGCUAGGCUGUUUAUAUUAGUUGCGGAUGUCAUUUACGGUUUACCCAUUCCCACCCCCAGUGUUUUGCGAGUUAGUAUAUUGGCCUAGUACUGCUAUGUAAGUAAUCUGUCGUCUUCGUUUUCCUUAGCCAGAGUAUAACCACCUAGGUUAGUUAGUUAGACAGGCCUAUGGUAGUUUUGCAGUAUCGAGAUUCGAGACAGGUGGCGAUUGGGGACUAUAUAUCAUCAUGCCUGGCUUAUUGGGGGGGGGGGGGGGGGG